GUGGCGCUGAUUCUGUGUGUCUGGCCUGGCCUGGUCGGCUGCUGCAAGUCCUGCUGCUGUGCCUGUUCGUGUCUAUGACAGUCUUUGCUAUUGGUGGUGCUGCUACUUAACUCAGUUGUGCUCGACCAUCACUGGAGAGCGUAUCUCCGUAAUCGCGGCUUGGUAUUGGCGUUGUUGCGGCGUUAUUCGAUUGGUUCGGUACCGUCGUUCCGGGGCGCAGCAGUGCCAGGACGCUGUUCCGAACAUAGUUUAUCCGUGGUGAUUGAAAAUCAAGCUACAUUACCAAUAGAAAAUAGGAUUUAAUAAUUAAAGAAUAGAAUAAAUUCUUAUCUUCCGGUCAAUCGGGGGCCGUUCGUUUGACCGUGCGGUGCGGUGCGGUGUGCGUAUGUGUUUAUAACUGGCACAAACAACUACGAUUACGAUUAGUAAUUCUGUAAGUUUUAGCUAUCAUCACUGCCAAAUCGUGCGGCUCACUCGUUGGUCGUUACCGUGUGUUCUGUGCGACCCCUCCAGUCAGCAGCCGAUUCAUAUGUUCCAAUGUUGUCUACGAUUUGCGUUAAACAAGUUCUAAGUGUCCGCAAAUGAGUUGUUAAAUGGGUUUCGAAAUGAAAGUACGUAAAUAUCGCCUACAACUAAAAUAAUCGUUCGGAUCUCAAUAAUGUUAGGCGAUUACAAGUCGACGAGUGUUUUUUUGUGCUACAAUUGCGCUCGCCUGUUCGGUUCGUGCUGCUGCCGCUGUUGUUGUUGCCUGCUCCCGUCUAAUACCGAGUCCGUGAUUGAGUAACUGGCUUGCUGUUUACGGCUACAUCAUCACAGUCACCAUUAUUAUGAUCACCAUAAUCAUUAUUGUCAUUUACGAGCGAUCUUACUUUGUUGUCUGAGCGUUUGAGCUAAAUAUAACUGUGAUUGUAACUAAAAGUUGUUGUUGUCGUAGUCACCGUCUUCCUUGUAGCAGCAGCGGCACGCUCGUGAUGGUGGUGCUUUGGCGUGUCUCUCUCUAUUGUCAGUCUGAAUGUGUUCCUGUGCAAGUGAGCGGGUGCCGCUUGUCCCCUCUCAGAGAAAACCGUCAGCAGGCACCGCUGAAUCGGUCGGUCGGUCGGUCGUUCAUUCAUUCAUUCAUUCGGUCCAUUGGCGGCUAGCGAACGUGUGCGCCUACCGGUUUACUGCUACCCCUAUCUACAAUACACGACGUCACCGCAACUGCAGCAGUUGCUGAUGCUGCUGCCGAUGGUAACGAGAGCCGCCUCGAGUCAACCGAAAGACCGUUGAAGAACAACUGCCUCUGUUAAUAUCGCUGCUGCUAUUGGUAUCAUUAUUGUUACGCUACGGCUGGAUGCUCAUACGGUUAUAUAUAAAUUACUGCUGCCGCUGCCGCUGAUUAGAACAACAACAACGAUAAACCACAUAAACAAUAACAGGCAGUUGGCGAUCGACAACUGUGCGGUCGUCGUUGCGCGAUCAAGGUUCGUUCGAUUUGAACUUAGAGAUCAAACUGCUGAUCGCUGAAAUCUGGCCGCCUCCCAUUUAAUGGCUCCAAUGAGCAAUCCAAAUGAUCACCUGCUCGAGUCUUCCUUUCGCCUGAUCUUGUAAUAGUAGUCCUGCUUUGUAGUCGUUUCAGGAUAACUCAUAUACGGGAAAAACAUGACAUAUUGCUGUGUCAGGCCUCCGAGCAACGACCCGACACAUUUAUACUUUGAUAAUUGAAAAAGAAAACAGAAAAAAGCCCAUUACGAUUCGAGACAGAAAGAACAAUGAGAGCUCGUGUUUUCCAGCGCCUGUAGAUAUAAUCAAAGGCCAGGGCCCAAAGGAAGCUAGUCAGCACAAUAUCAGCCGUUCGAAGACGGCACGAAUUUCGGCGACUCACGCGUGGGACGACCCGACAAGGACACUUAUGCUGUAGCUACUGCUAAUUACAAGGACAGCUAUGACACAAAAUAAAAUCCACCCCCCUCCCCUUCUCCUCUCCCAUCGUGUACUCUCGUAGAGUUCCUGCGGGGUUUGCCUCUUUCCUUAGUUACGCUUUUAUUCCCCUAUUAACAACAAAAAUCCUGUCUGCGAGAUGCAUUCACAUGAUAUCAGCGGCAUUGUCGAGCGGCGACAGCAGACCAAGCCACAAGUAAAUAAAUUGGCAGGAGGUGACAACAUCAGAAUCGGCGAACAACAACCAGCGGCGGCCACUCAAUUGCUAGUGAAGCCCGAACACAAACGGGCCUUUUUCAUCGACAGUGAUGUUUAAUUAAUACAGUGAUACUGUGCAUGUGCUCUCGAAGUUCGCGCUGCGACAUUGGCUAUACGUUUGCGGUGCCCAUGUUAGUUAGGCUGAGAUAUGAUUAAGGGAGCCCUCGGCGACACUUUAUUGAUUGUCAUUUUCUGGUACUUUAGCGACUCCCCUGCGAUUAGCAGCAAUAUAAAUCAUUACUACUGCCAUUACGAAUUACACUCGAUGACAAAACACGCAGCUGUUCUGGAGUCAGCGGUCGACUGGUGUCUCAUUGCAAUUGUCGUUAUACUGCUACGAUCGCCGUCGGUGUUGUUUCGUAGUGUAAUGGCUCCGGCAGUGGACGAUGUGACGCCAGCUUCGGUGCAGCUGCUGCCGAUGCUGCUGGGACUAUGAUGUGACGUUAAGAGCGAAGACGAAGUUGACACGCACAGCAAUGGCGGGUAUUCGUUUUCCUCAACCGGCUUCUUUUAUUAGUCGUGUGGGGUGGUAGAGUGUCGCUGCGAUCUGCGCCCGGGACCGUUUGUUGUUAAUGCUGGAUCGCUGCUGGUUGAAUUGAAUAGUACAGUUGUGACACGAUUAUUGUAAUUGUUAAUUUCGCAAGAGGUGCUGAUAUUCCAUCACAUAGAAACGUGUUACCCAGUCAACAUAGUAGGUGGUUUACAGUUGCUGAUGCGCUCUGACAUUGCCACCGAUGUAUGGACUUUUUGCCGAGCUACUUGACCAUCACAACAUCUAAUCCUAGUUUAGGCUGUACAAAGUGAAGUAGGGUGUUUUGGUUGCCUGUCCGACUCUGUGUAUAAUGGAAUAAUACGAACGUCACGCGUUGAGAACAAAUCGCCCCAACGCCAUUGGGGAAUCAACAACUCGCUGACAGGGAGAAGCCCGGGGGAACAACAUCCACGUCGGCAACAACGAAUUCCGUGUAAUAGAUAUUAACGAAGUGUGAACCUGCCCUUGUCGAGGUCGAAGAUGGAAACUACAACCACAACAGUAUUGUAACGAAAAAAUCAACAGCCUUCAGGACGAAGCGUGCUUCAAUCCAUUCGCAAGCGUCAGUAAGAACGACAGCAAGAACUAUAUUCUUGCAAUAAUACUUAAUUUAUUAAAAGCGAAAUUAACAAGUCAGGCUUUGCAAAAAGCCAAUAGAAAAGAAGUAAACAAGAUUAAAACAAAUGUAUUUGAGUCUUCAAGAACAAACGAUUAGGCGUCACCAUUACAGUGUCAUUUCGGACGUGCUUUUAGCAGCCGUAGGCCGAAAACAAGCUAGUUAAGAAACACUGGUAUUAGAAUAUUGCAUUCUCCUAGGCUAAUAUUAUUGGCCUGAGCAUUCCUGAUUGCCAGAAGACUUUUUGUCGUUUUCGGCCUUCUUCUCUCCUCAUGCCUUUGUGUUCAUCAAAGUGAAGCUUGGCCAAACAACAAGACCAACCUUAAUAUCGAUAGCCAUCAACUACUACCUUGAGAUCAGUAUUAGGAAGCUUUGUGCGAAUCAGAAGAUACAGAUAAAGUAAUCUGUAUAAGCGAGUAAUAAGGCCACUUGGGCUGGUAUCAAUUUGGGUUUAGUGACGUAUUCAUGCACUAUCAAGAUACGCCUCGGGUCAGUCCGAAUUCGAGUUAAGGCUACCGUGAAUAGUGAUAAAUUUGUAUAGGAAAAGCUUCUGCGGCCGUGGCCUUUUCACGAAUAACAAUCUAGUCCUGCUGCUGCGGCUGCCGCAGCUCGCCACCGCCGAGGUGCGUCGUUGACAGACAAAGCUUACUGUGCCAGCGGAGCCUGUGGCUCCGACGAACUAGGCGGUGUGGAGUCGGUCGGAGCUCCGAGCUCGGGUUGAGGCCAACGGCGUUCAUCCCCGUGUGCUGGGCUGACGUCAUGGCCGGCCUGGUGCAUAACCACGCGCCGGUCAGCGUGAGUACGGUGACCGUCGCGGUGACCAAUACGGCUGGAAGUGCUGUAAGCGGCGGAGCAAAUGGUAACGGCGGCAACAACUCCGAUGGAGGCAUUAGUCCGACUGGAAGCCAUUCGUCUUCGACGAUGAUGACAACCGGUGGCAUGAACAACUCGACUGUGAGCUCGGGCGGCAGCACCAUUCUUGUUAACAACAACAACUCAACUUCUUCGAGUACGACCCAUAACAACAUCAGCAACAACGGUAACAAUACAGCCAUAAUACCAAGCAGUACCAACAACGAGAGCAACUGCGUCGUAGUCCAUCCGCAGCCGUCCUCCAACGCGGCGACGACAUCGGUUCUAACCUCUAUGUCCUCGUCACCGCUAGCAUCGGCCUGUUCGGCCGCGGCCUCGAUCUCCUCGAGUACUACAAUACCUUCCGUAACAAUAUUGCAACGAGGUGGCACAAUAACUGUGCCCCUUCUCACCGUUUCGCCAGCUACCGCCGUAACAACGACUUCGAGUGAAAUUGACGUUGCAAUUAGUGAGAGUGUUGUUAGCAGUCCUCACAAGAUUGUCGUAAACAGCGGGGUUAGUGUGGGCAACACAAGCAGCAAUAAUAAUAAUAAUCAUCAUCAUCACGAGACUAUAGUGUUGGCGUCGGCAUCAACGUCAAUGACCAAGUCCUCGACGUCUUCGCCGACCAGAGUUUUCUCAACGGCCUCCGCAUCUGCUACUGCAGGAAUCAUUACCUUGACGUCCGCAUCAUCUACUACAACUGCCAUAGGGGCGGUUGCUGCUGAAGCACCAGUAGGAGUCGUGACCAACCUCAAUAACAAUAAUAAUAAUACUACAAGUAGUCCCGAAGGUGGUGGCAGCAACAGUAAUAGCUUAAAUAACAGCAGGAGUAACAACCAUAACCAUGGCAGCGGCAGCAGCGAUAGUCGCGUUUCUACGACGAUUGCUUGUUCAGGACGAUUGUUGUUGGCAAACUCAUAUAGCGGAGUUGCGGUAGGCGGUGUUGUUGUGAGCCGGCACGGAAACGCCGGAAACAGCACUGGAAGUAACGCAAUUACGACGGUCAGUAAUAGCAUCAUUACCACGCCCAUUACUAAUUGUAAUAGCAGUGCACAGCCAGUGACAAUAUCUGUACUGAAGCAACAGCUACAGUCGUCGUCGGCGACUUCGGGAGAUCAUCUGAACGAACAAGAAAGCGAGCACGGAAGCCACGCCAUGGAAAGCCAGGCAAGAAAUCACCAUGGAACGCUGCUGCUCCCGCCAAGUGAUUACGCCAGUGAAGAUCAAAGUUCAGCAGGUGUUGAUGAAGGAGCAUUGAUUGCCGUUGAGAACGAACAACUGCAAGACCAUGAAGUCCAACAGGGACAGCAACAGCAAGAACCGGAAAUUGAUGUUGUGAUCAACAAUGUUGUGUGCAGCUUCUCCGUUGGAUGCCAUCUAAACCUUCGACAGAUCGCGUUAACGGGGGCGAACGUCGAAUUCAAACGAGAAUCAGGGAUGGUAUCGAUGAAGCUUCGAAACCCAUACACAACGGCAAGCAUCUGGUCAUCGGGAAAGAUCACGUGCACGGGCGCGACAAGUGAGUUCACUUCGAAGAUGGCUGCACGACGAUAUGCGAGGGUCCUGCAAAAAUUGGGUUUUCGGGCAAGGUUCAAGAAUUUCAAGAUCGUCAACGUGCUUGGCACGUGCACGAUGCCGUUCGCCAUCAAAUUGGUGCCUUUCUCACAGGCCAACAAACCCAUUGCACAAUACGAACCUGAGCUUCAUCCCGGCGUAACAUAUAAAAUUCGCGAUAUAAAAGCUACGCUCAAGAUUUUUUCAACGGGCAGUAUUACAGUCACAGCUCCGUCAGUGUCUGCUGUACAACAGUCAAUCGAACGUAUCUACCCGUUAGUAUUUGAGCACCGAAAAGCUCGCACCUGCCCUGAGGAUAUGCCCAGAUCUCAGAAUCCUCACGCAUUCAAGCAUCGACCAUCCGCGCGCCUCAUCAACUCUUCAUACGGCGGUUCCACUCGUAAUGUUUAUGGGAGACGGGGUGGCGGCGAUGACGACGACGAUGAUGAUGACGAAGAUACUGAUGAAGAGGACAACGACCAAGACGAUAUUAUGGACACAUUUGACGGUGGAGAUGCCGAUGGAUGUGAAUCGGACCAAAGUUGGGGCUAGAGAAUAACACAACUAAAAAAACAAUGGACAACUGCCGGGGGGAAAAGGAGCGAAUGAAGGAUGGUGAGAUACGAGAUAUAAAGCUUGAGCCACAUCGAUAUACCGACAUCUGCUAACUAAGCGUGGUAAAGCAAAGUGGCAGAGUUCGGCUGGAGAGGAAUUCGUCACAGCCCACACGGUUGUAUGAUAUUUCCGUGAAGAAUUUAGCGUAACUAAAAAAUGGCCAUGUACGAUGGAAAGUGAGAAAGAGCGAGGGCGUAAAAAAGACAGAGGAAACAACUAAGAGCAGACGAUAGGUAGCAAUGAUAGAGAGUAUAUACAUAAAUAAACAUAGAUAGGUAGCAGACGUAGUGAUACCGGGGAGGUAUAAAUAGGCAACGAGAAGCAGACACGUACUGUCACUAGUCCGCGAUGAGGUGGCAGCGAAGCGAGAUAUGGAGAACUAACUUGAGAUGAUGGGACGGGAAGCACCAAUGCCUAAGAUGAUGAUAUUAGUAGAAACGUGAUGAAAAAAAAAAACGUGAUUAUUGGCACGUUUAACACAAAGAGUAAAUUCGGCAGGACUCUAAGAUGUGAAAGGUUAACGACUGGCAAAUGAACUGAGUGUAGGAAGAAAAGUAAAUGAAUAGGAUGGGAUGGAAAAAUAAAAUAACAUAGUAUAAUUAUUAUAAUUCUGUGAGGUAAUGAGUUAAAUGAAAACGAAACCGUACCGCACCAGAGGCAUCUAAUAACACGCGGUGAAUCGGUAUCGGACGGAUUGUAUUUUCGCCAGCAACCGUAUUAAUACUUUUGGGGACGCCAAAAUGACGCCGGAACGCAAGUGUCAUGUGCUUGAUUCGAGGUCCCACUAAAAAUCUCGAUGGCGACAAUUUUACGAAAAACCGAUGGCCGACGCAACAGUGCUGCCUGAUAACUAUAUAUAUAUAUAUAUAUAUAUAUAUACACGUAUCCGUGUGAACACAUAGUCGAACCAAACGCACUCGUGGACAGGAGAAUAGCCAUAUCGGCGCUCCUAGGUGGUAAUCAAGAUCGCGAUUGCCGUUGAGUAUCACUGGGAGAGUGUAAUAAUUUCCCAUCUAAAUAAUCCCAUUCUCCGUGUCGAUCAUUUCAAAGAGACGAAGGGAAAGCAGAGAGGCAAAAAAAAAUGCGGUAACUUAUGAAAUUCGGCAAGUUCUUAAAAUUGCGCAGGCUUUUCUUGUUGCAAAACAAAAAGAAAGGAAGUGGCGCCAAUAGUUUGAAACUGGUAGCAUCUCAACAUCGCACCAAUAGAAGCAGACAGCUUUAGCGUCAUCAUGAUUGUCACAAUCUAUUCUAAAAAAAUGAUGUAUCUGAGCCAUUAGGUGCCCCGUACACAUCAGUAUGUAAUAAGUAAAUUAAUCCUCAAUUGCUGUAAUAGAAUGUUAUUAUUAUAAUUACUAUAAUCAUUUCUAUUUUAGGAAUAUUUAUUAACUGCAGGAACUCGAGAGAUAUUUUUGUUCAGAUAGCUACGACGUGUAAAAUAGGGUAACUAUUAUUCAAUAAUUAUCGCGUGCUUAAUAUUGAUAAUAUUAUUAAUAUGACAAUAUGUAUUAUUAGUAUUGCUGAUGAGAGUAGUUCAUGUUAAUUAAAUUAUUAUGAGUGUUGAUUGUGACAGAAAGUAUCCUGAAAAAUGUGAUUGUAAUUAUUUAAAAUGAAUGGUUAUGACGCAGUUCAUGAAAAAUUAACCGGGAGUAAUUUUUGCCGUAUGUUGUCAUGUCGUGAUUAUAGAGUUGAAUUCUAAUAACACACAAGGGCCACUUAUGCCCUUUUUCCGAUCACGAGUGCAGCCAGCCGACUGCUAUUUGCCUUAACUAGCCAUCCUGUGGAUUAUCGUAUUGUUCAGUCCGACCGUUCUUCCAAAUGAUAAUCUUCUGUGUCACUGUCCUCUGUCGUAGACUCUACUUCUACUUGUUUCCAUUUCAUUCUUGCAAAGGCAAGCUCCUGUGUAUUUUUUUUUGGGCUCAGAUAUAUCCCCGAAACAGAUCAUCUAUUUGGUAGCGGAUACAAUAUGAAGCAAAUCGCUUCUCUUCGCAUACAUAGACAAGUGCCGGUCAACAUCGAUCAAUUUAACAUCGACCCGUUAUUGACACUUUAUCUACGGCUCUUAUUGUUAUUAGAUCGCCAACAAACACCAACGCAUACGAACCGACAAAGCAUUAGGACGAUGAAGCUUUAUAUGUAUUCAAUCGAACAUACACCUCACCAGCUGCGUUUAACAGCCGGGAGAAGAAUUGGCUGUUUGUUUUCUAAUAGUGUCACUCGUUAGCAACGAAAUGAGAGACAAGAGCGAAAAUCGUGCAUUACUUCUGUAGUUCGACACUGCAAUCAAUUCUAUUAGUUGAAAUCUAUGAUUAUAAAAAAUAUGAAUAAUAUUAUUAAUUUAAUUGAAUGCCAGUCUGUGCAUAGCUGGUAAUGAACGUUGAGGUAACAAUUCUAUAGAUAACAUAUUUAAAGGUAACGUUAGCCGAUAUACGAUAGACACCUGCAGAGAUAUUUCCUAAGGGGGCAUUUACAAAAGGGGCAAAAAGCUCCUGAGAUCUGACGAGAGAAAGGGCUAUUGAAGUCUAUUCGAAAAUAUGCUUCGUCUGCUUCGAUACCGUACGAAGACGAUAUUUAUACAGUAGUCAUUCCCGUGUAGCCAAUGCGGCCUUUUUUUGGGACGGCGAUUGAUUGGGGGCAAUUUGCAAGUGACGCUAGCGACUUACGCGCGCCCGAAAUUGGCUAGUCUUAUGUUAGCUUACAUUAUUAUGGCGAUACAGGUACGCCUGUGCAGUGUGGUCCAUAAUGCUUCCAUUUAGGGGCAUUCAGGUUUACUUUGCGUUGGUAGCCCCGAGCCAAAGCUUAAAUGUACGCAUUUCGGCAUAGGAUGAAGGCAGAUGAUACCGGCGAUACGCUUUGUCGUGUAAUAAUCACUGUAAGCAGAAAAGUUGAUAUCGAAAUGACUGCACAGGCUUAUCACCACUUUGCGCGACGUACAUAUAACAUUAAUAUUAGAUAGUAGUAACAAUGAUAAUAACAAUGCAGCAACAAAGUCUCCCGUUCUAUGCCAAUGUUCGUCGAUACAUGCGUUCCAAGCAAUGUACAACAGUUUAAUCGUAGAUAUUAGGGCUCAUUUACCUUCGAUAAAAUUUUCUCAGCUCGGCAGGUAAACGGUCGAACAAUAUCGUCGGAAUAUACUAUCUAAAUAUCUUUAUCAGUUAGAUUAGCCAGAAACAUUAAUGUCGCUUACUGCCGCAUGUUCAGAUCUAGUAAUACCUGUAAAUGCUAGCACACUCUAUGCUAUGUAAAUGCUAGCGUCUGCGGUACUGCUCUAAAACCAACGAUUUUCUGCCCCUCUGAUAACUGCCCCAUUGUCGCUUUGGCUUGAAUUCCUGGCACCUUUCGGCACCACUUUGUUCUCAAUAAUCAUGUAUAUGUGAUAUAAUGAUGUCGGUCUGAAGAGGGUCUCUUGGAGGUCUUGUUGAAAAUUGUUCGACGAUUCCGUCGACGGCAUUUGUGUGCACAAGAAAUCCCGAAGGUCUACGGUGGGAGUUGUUUUAAAGAUAGAAAUGAUAGUAAUCUGGAAGUAAGUUGUGGCUGCGAUGUAACAACGUAUUACUGAUCGUGGCCGCUUGUAAUUACGGGCCAUGAUCGUAUUGUACGCCACUCCUUUAGCCAUGGAUAUUUGCGAAAGGACCACAUGUAGUAUUAGAAACGAAACGAGUAUAAAGAAUUUUUCUGUUGACCCAAGUAGCGUCUCAAAACUAAAAGACCUAUUUCGCUACUUCUGUGCUAAUCUGAGCAAAACUGAUCAGGUGUUAAAUUUUUGCUUUUUGUCGGUAAUAGAUGAUUCGUAACGAUAGCGAUGAUGUUAAUGUAUACCCCAAAAGCUUACUUUUCUGAAAGCCGACUAUGUUGUGGGACAUUAUGCGCUUGACAGAGCAUAUUAUAUGAUAUACUGCAUUGUUGAAAAGUGGGUUCGAGAUUAAGUGCAUGAAUAAAUUACGGUUAUUUCCGUAUUCGGGCAAUUUUCAGUAUACAUAAAUAGAAAACAGUUGAUGGAAAGGGAGUUGAACAGCAUCAAAUAACCGUUGGCGAUGGUUGACAUGAGGAGUAUUCGACGACAUCCUUCCUCGAAUGGGGCAAUUGUUUUUUGCUUAACAGUUGUACAAUUGCGUUGCUAGAAAGGGUCACAUAAAUCUUUGUUAUGUUUUCACUGCGACAUGCAAAAAUCUUUGCAUGCAUUUGUUUGGGCGAAUAGAAACGAUUUGCUUGCGGUUUCUGAUAUCGUUAUUACUAAUGAGAUGAUCUCAUGAGAUCUGCUGCCUGCAAGAACAUUUCAAUCAUUCGUCUUUUUUUACCUAGCUAUGUCCGUGUCCACUUGUAACCUAGCGUCCUCGCUAGUAGCUAAUAAUGGCAAACUGUUGCGUUGUCAUAUUUUUUUUAAUCAUGCAUUCGUUUGCUGUUUGUAAUAACGUGAUCUCUUUGUGCCGAUUUCAUCCCGUUGCCAUUUUCUUCUAUUGUUUGAAGAAUUGUUGUAAAGGUCCUGUGCGUGAAGCCUACCUUUGGUGCUCUUAUUGAAUAUGAUCCUUUGAAAUUGUCAUUCGAUCGCUUUUUUGCGUUCCUCCUGGACAUUUGUUGACGGCGAGCACACUUUUCAUUUAUUAUUAUCGAAAAUGGUACGUGUGGUGCUCGUCGACAUUUCGCCUACGUGUGCCUACAAGCUUAGCUGGGUGCUCCUGUUUCGCUUGAAGGUGAAGGUCCCCUCAGAGGUCCACCAGACUGAUCUAUUCGACGCUUUCAAACAAAACAAGUUGAACCAAAGUGAAAGCAGCUGUACAGUGGAAUAAAAACCAAAAUCGAUGAUAUAUCUAUGCGUUUGCGGCCAACCAAAGGCAACACAUCAGAUAGGCGCAAACGAGAAGUCCGAAAAGCAUCUUCCAUCGUGAUUAAUUGUGAGUAGGGUUUAUGCGUACCUAUAACAGGUGACGAAAAACACUUAUACCGAUCUUGUAUGCACAGAAUGACAAAGGUGGAAAUCUCUACAUAUAACACUCCCAAAAGACCUCAAUUGCCCUGAACAAAACAUCAUGUAUGAGGCCUAUUUAUAUAUAUAUAUAUAUAUAUAUAUGUCACGUGAGCUACCCUUGCUUAUCUUUAUUUUAUCGUUCAGCAAAGUCCUGUCUCAUUCGAUUGGCUUAUGUGGUUACCAUGAAAUGAGACGAUGAUGCUGGCUUUCUAGGAGAAUCCGUAGUAGGCAUAACGCUAAAUCAGGACCCGCAACGAACAUCUGCAGCUCCUUACAGAAUGUGGGGCGCAGACGUUUGAAGCGAAAGUCCGUGCACUGGUGAGCGAGAAACUAAAAAUGGAGAGAAAAAUAUAAAAAAAAAGUAGACAUUCAAGAACAAAACGCGGUAACAAGUAAUAGCAACGCACUAUUGUCGACUACUCCGACCACCAGAAGCGGGGAGAGAUUUGAAAGGGAUCUAGAUGGAAGUGAGAUGGAUGACUUUAUUUAUUAUUAGGAAAGUUGAAGCUACAGGGGUGCGAUUGCGUAUAUCAUAAAGCGAAGAGUAGUAUCAUUAUUUGUAAUAGUGACAAACACGAUGGUAAUAAAAGGAAGGACAUAAGAUCAUACUGUAAUGCUAUAAUUAUCAGUAAAAUAGAUGAUGCUAUGUAGUGUUUAUACCAAACAGCCAUUUUGUAUGGUGAUGCUAUUGAAGCAAAAUGAACCACGUACGGCAAAUGAUAUGGCUAGAAUGCUAGUGUGAGUGAAACAAAAGAAAAGCGUGAAAGACAAGUUUUUCUCUUCUUUUUUUUGGGAGUGACAAUUUUUCACAGCUGUAGCACUCGACGUGCUCUGCUUGGGGAUGCGGCACGCCGGUGGACUAUCACCGUCCCGCGUCUCUGUAGAAAUCGAACAUACACUUUGAAAAGAGCCCGACGAUUGCACGUCGCUAUUUUUGUCCGCUCUUUUGGGAACCUCGUAGCAGCGAGGUUGUUGAGGCCGCUCGGCGCGAUGAAGACGGAAACAGCUAAUGUAUACGAGUGGAAGUUACGUAGUCGCGGUCAGAUACUAGUAAUAGUGUGUGUAGCGCUACCUUUAAAAGCAAUCAGAGAAUAUUGGACUCUGGAAUAUGAACAAUGCAGCAACUAAAUACUACCGUAAUAUUAUCAGUCAUAUUGUUACUAAUUUAAAUGAUAGAAAUAACUGUAUCAAAAGAGGAACAAUAACGACACGGCGACGGUGAUGACUAUAUAUAAGCUAAGAUAGCUAGCGAUAAAGGAGAUUCAAUAAAAUAAGCAGUUGUUUUUUUUUGCGAACAGUACUUGCUGAAGUCUGCUGGCAGGAGGCAAAUGACUAAACGACAAUGACAUUAUAUACCUACAAAUAAUACUAUGACAAUUGUAUGAGUACGCAAAGCAAGCUAGGCAGAGUUAGGGAACGGCAGAGAUAUAGUCUAGGCGGCAAUAGCAGCAGUAAAACAGCAGACGAAUAUACGAGAAAAACAAAAUGCGACAAAACAAAACGAUAUUGACCAUAGUGAUGUCGUAAUAAUAGUAUAUUAUUAUAUAAUUUACAAUAAUAAAUAAUGUAACUGCUAUUAAUAAUUACGACAAUAAAGAACGAAUGAUAUAGCUAACUAUCGUGAUGAUUAUGAUAAUAUGUCUGGAUUGAUUGACAGCGCCAAUGCGUGAACGAAAUAGUCGUAGCGUAUUUUCAAAGAAUUGGAUCAAUAAUAAUAAUAAUAAUUGGAUGGGUUUGAAAAAGCGCGCGAAUGAAGUGGCAGGCGUGAAAUUGUCUAGCCAACAUCAAAGCUGAGAUAAAACAACGGUGAACUGAAAUGGAAUUCAACGAUGAAGCAAUGCAUUACAACGGAGUAAUUCAGUGCUACUUCUUGAAAAAUGGAAAUAGGGAAAAACCAUACGAGAAACGAUGGGAACCAUCAUUAAGAGGUAACAAAAAUGGGUAUUGUAAAUACUGCUAAUAAGAGGACGAAAAAAUGCCUUCGACAAAAAAAAAAGAUUUAUUUCGUCUUUUUCUCAAUCCAAAAUACUUCGACAUCAAUGAUGAUUGACGAUGAAUUAAACUCCAAAUGGAAUUUGAAAAGCUGGCAAAAACGACACAAAUCAAAACGUGAUAAAUCAUUAUUACUGAUAAAGAAAUUAAUAGACAGUGAAAUGAAGAUGAGGCAUCAUGGCAAAAGCGAAAAAAAUGCAGCUGCAGAAAGACGGGGUUCUGUAAAAUAUAGAAAUAUUUUAAGAUCAACGACUGAAGUCAUUUUUACAAAUAAAGCACAACAUCGCUGUUAAUGUAA